AGAAUUGAGCGAUCCGGCGUGGUCCUAAGCCAGUCGUGUCAUGCUGUCAUAAAGAUUUAUUUUCUUGCUUCGGAUCUUUUUCUUUCCCUCUCUCCCUCUCUUCUUUUUCCCACAUCCACACUCUCAACCCUCAAUCGACUUUUUGCUCUCGUCUUUGGCUAACGCCUCUCGUUGAAUUUACUACCACCUUUUAACUCUUUAAUCACAAACCACAUCCACAAUGGCUGGCGGCGAUAUCAAGAAGGGUGCCAACCUCUUCAAGACCCGAUGUGCUCAGUGCCACACCGUUGAGAAGGACGGCGGCAACAAGAUCGGCCCUGCCCUGCACGGCCUCUGGGGCCGCAAGACUGGUUCCGUCGAGGGCUACGCCUACACCGAUGCCAACAAGCAGAAGGGCAUUGAGUGGAACGAUGACACUCUCUUCGAGUACCUCGAGAACCCCAAGAAGUACAUCCCCGGUACCAAGAUGGCCUUCGGUGGCUUGAAGAAGGCCAAGGACCGCAACGACCUUAUUGCCUACCUCAAGGACUCUACCAAAUAAGCGACUAUAGAUCGCGUGUAAUGUUACGACUUUCGAUAGAUGGGGACCGCCAAGGGGCGUUUGUACUAUAGACUCUACACAGCACUUGUUAAGACAUGCCACGUGCUUCGUAUCCUAUUCCCAUCUCUCCUCUUUAUGCGACUUCCGUCCGAUACAACACAACCAUUUUUUUUUCAACCAAGAAGAAAGCCCGGCGUUGGUUCGAGGCGGAAGACGGGAAUGACAUGAGACCAGAAUAAAAAUGUUUCCGCAUCAUAGCCCAAUUGUUACGAUAGAGAUAUUAACGUUUCUUCUACUCUCA